UUUCUCUGCCCCGCCGCCGGCGCUCUCCACAUGAGAACGCCGUCGCCGCGCGCGCUGAUCCGCGGCUCCGGCGACGCCUAUUAAUUUCUUCCCGCCGCGCACCAGCAGGCAGCACAGCAAGCGUGAACAAGCGAGUGCACAUCGAGUCUCCUCGACGGAGCAAGCUUCUUUUCAGUGAUCAUCAUUCAUGCCGACCCUGCUCUCCGCGAGGUCACGCCCCACCCGCGGCGUCGUCGUCGGCGAAGGCGACGGCGACGGCGGCGGCGCGGGACCCGGGAGCCGAGUGUGCUACGGCAUCGCGGCCUGCGCGGUGGCGCUGCUCCUCUUCUGCGCCCUCGCCGCCUCCGUCAGCGUCUGGAUGGCGUUCGCGUUCGGCGGCCUCGUCCUGGCCGCCUUCGCCGUCGCCGGCUGCCUCGCGCCGGGGGGAGCGCGCAUCGGCCCGAGCGCCGAGAGCGAGGUCGCGGCCGAGGCCGUGGACGCAGCGGGAGCCGCGGCGCGGGCGCGGCGCCGGUUCGGGAUGCCCAAGGCCGCGCUCGACGCGCUGCCGACGUUCGCCUACACGCCUCAAGGCGCCGCCGAUCGGGGCGGCGACCUCGAGUCCGGGGCGGCGGCCGGCGGCGAGCAGUGCCCGGUGUGCCUGGAGGACGUCGAGGCCGGCGAGGUGGUGCGGCGGCUGCCGGCGUGCAAGCACCUCUUCCACGUGGGGUGCAUCGACAUGUGGCUGCAGUCUCACCGGACGUGCCCGGUGUGCCGGUGCAACCUCUUGCGAUCGCAGCGGCAAGUUGCUGCAGUAAAAGCUGCCGCCGCGGCGGGGGCGGCGGCUGAAGAGGAACAGCCGGCUGACGAUGCCUAGCCACCGGUGUAGACAACGACUUCUUUCAGCGCGUGCAUAUCAGCCCUUAUUUUAGGCUUAGAUUAGAGGUGAGGUGACAUGUAAGCACAUAGAUAUUGUAUGUACUCUCGUUGAAAAACAUAAUUAUUGCCGGUAGUUAGG